AGACAAACGAAGCUGAAGUACGUCGGCUACAGUGAACGGCAGUCAGUCAAGACAAUUUUUCGAUAACAUGGCGACUGGCUUUCUUUUCUUGUCUCUAUCAGUGUGUGCUCAGUAAAUUUUUACUUUUCGGUUUAAAAUCAAUCGAAAAUCUAUUAUUUUGGCCGUUCUUUCUCUAUUAUCCAGUGCUGGUGUAAUUCGUAUUACCUAUAUACUACAAGCCGAUAGUGCUAGUGAUACUGUAAUAAAAAAACGUAGAAAAAUCGAGCUGGUACGAAAAAUGCAAGGUCAAGUUCCUGGGACUCAAACGGCUCAGCCUCCGCCACAGCAGCAGAUCCAAGUGCAAGCUCAGCCUCAAACAGUAGUCAUUCAGCAGCAACCACAAGUGCAGGUACAGCAACAACAGCAGGUCGUGCAAAACAAUGUCAAAAUUGAUCAGGCUCAGCAGCUGUCCUCAGUCGGACUAUUGGAACUAGCUCAUCGUGAAUACCAAGCAGUCGAUUAUGAAAAUGCUGAGCGCCACUGUAUGCAACUAUGGCGUCAGGAAAGUAACAACACUGGAGUGUUGUUGCUUUUGUCUUCAAUCCAUUUUCAAUGCCGUCGGCUGGACAAAUCAGCGCAAUUUUCCACAUUGGCGAUCAAACAAAAUCCGUUGUUAGCUGAAGCAUACAGCAAUCUGGGAAACGUGUACAAAGAGCGUGGCCAACUGCAGGAAGCCUUAGAAAACUAUCGCCAUGCCGUUCGUUUGAAGCCCGAUUUCAUAGAUGGCUACAUCAACCUGGCUGCAGCAUUAGUAGCCGCUCGAGACAUGGAACAGGCAGUUCAGGCCUAUGUGACCGCUUUGCAGUACAAUCCGGAUUUGUACUGCGUCAGAAGUGAUUUGGGAAACCUGCUGAAAGCGCUAGGGAGGCUAGACGAGGCGAAGGCAUGCUAUCUGAAGGCCAUUGAAACCCGGCCAGAUUUUGCUGUCGCAUGGAGCAAUCUAGGAUGUGUGUUUAACGCUCAAGGCGAGAUUUGGCUUGCAAUCCAUCAUUUCGAGAAAGCAGUAGCGUUGGACCCAAACUUCUUGGAUGCGUACAUCAACCUGGGAAACGUGUUGAAAGAAGCACGAAUUUUUGAUCGAGCUGUUGCCGCCUAUUUGCGUGCUCUCAACCUUUCGCCAUAUAAUGCUGUCGUCCAUGGAAAUUUGGCUUGCGUUUACUACGAGCAAGGUCUCAUCGAUCUGGCUAUCGAUACUUACAGGCGCGCCAUCGAACUGCAACCAAAUUUUCCCGAUGCAUACUGCAAUCUGGCGAACGCCCUCAAGGAAAAGGGUCAGGUACAGGAAGCAGAGGACUGCUACAAUACCGCACUGCGACUGUGUCCAAACCACGCAGAUUCGCUCAACAAUCUGGCCAAUAUCAAGCGGGAACAAGGCUACAUCGAAGAAGCCACAAGGCUAUACUUGAAGGCCUUAGAAGUGUUUCCAGAAUUUGCUGCAGCUCACUCGAAUCUAGCAUCUGUGCUGCAACAGCAGGGAAAAUUAAAUGAAGCUUUGCUACAUUACAAAGAGGCAAUUCGCAUUCAGCCUACAUUUGCUGAUGCAUACUCUAAUAUGGGUAAUACGUUGAAGGAGAUGCAGGAUGUAGCCGGCGCUCUUCAAUGUUACACACGAGCCAUCCAAAUUAAUCCAGCUUUCGCGGAUGCUCACAGUAAUCUGGCUAGCAUUCACAAAGAUUCCGGCAACAUUCCGGACGCGAUUCAGUCUUACAGAACAGCCCUAAAACUCAAGCCGGACUUUCCCGAUGCAUAUUGCAAUCUGGCACAUUGUUUACAGAUCGUCUGUGAUUGGACUGAUUACGAGGCGCGCAUGAAGAAACUUGUGGCUAUUGUAGCUGAUCAGUUGGAAAAGAACCGUUUACCUUCGGUUCACCCACAUCAUUCAAUGUUGUAUCCACUAUCGCAUGAUUUCCGUAAAGCGAUUGCCGCACGGCACGCAAACCUCUGCUUGGAGAAAAUAAAUAUCCUACACAAACCGCCGUAUAAAUUCUCUCGUGAUCUAACCGGACGCUUAAGAAUCGGUUAUGUAAGCAGUGAUUUUGGUAAUCAUCCUACAUCGCAUUUAAUGCAGUCGAUACCUGGAAUGCACGAUCGUUCCCAAGUAGAGGUAUUUUGCUACGCGCUUAGCCCAGACGAUGGAACCACUUUCAGAAGCAAAAUUUCUCGGGAAGCCGAACAUUUUAUUGAACUGUCACAAAUAGCUUGCAACGGAAAAGCAGCUGAUCGCAUCCACGCUGACGGUAUACACAUUUUAGUUAAUAUGAAUGGAUACACUAAAGGUGCCCGCAAUGAAAUAUUCGCCCUGCGUCCUGCACCCAUUCAGGUCAUGUGGCUUGGGUAUCCCGGAACAAGCGGCGCCAGUUUUAUGGAUUAUAUUAUAACGGACAUUGUGACGUCACCGAUGGAAUUAACCGAUCAGUACAGCGAGAAAUUAGCAUAUAUGCCACAUACUUAUUUCAUUGGUGAUCACCGCCAAAUGUUUCCUCACUUGAAGGAACGCUUAAUAGUCAGCGGUAAACAGCAAAAUAAUCAAUUAGUAGACAACGUCGCAGUUAUUAACGCGACCGAUCUUUCCCCAUUAGUCGAAAAUACUGACGUGAAAACCGUUCGUGAAGUUGUUAUUGCAAACAAGCCGAUGGAAAUCCAACAUAAAGUUGUGGAACUUCCAACGACAACUCCGGUUGAAACAAUGAUCGCAUCUGGUCAAAUCCAGACUUCGUUAAACGGCGUCGUUGUUCAAAAUGGAUUGGCGACUACGCAAACCAAUAACAAAGCAGCUACGGGCGAAGAAGUUCCACAAAAUAUUGUCGUUACAACGCGGCAACAGUAUGGCCUACCGGACGAUGCUGUCGUUUACUGCAAUUUCAAUCAAUUGUACAAAAUUGACCCACAUACACUGACAUCCUGGGUUAAUAUACUGAAGCAUGUUCCAAAUUCGGUACUAUGGUUACUUCGUUUCCCAGCCGUCGGUGAAACCAACAUUCAAGCCGCCGCCCAGCAACUGGGUGUUGCACCUGGAAGAAUUAUUUUCUCCAAUGUAGCCGCUAAGGAAGAACAUGUUCGACGAGGUCAGCUGGCUGAUGUAUGCUUAGACACACCACUGUGUAAUGGACAUACCACCUCAAUGGAUGUUCUUUGGACCGGAACACCCGUGGUUACACUUCCUGCUGAAACACUAGCUUCCAGAGUGGCCGCUUCGCAACUAGCCACACUUGGUUGUCCCGAACUAAUUGCACGAACUCGACAGGAGUAUCAGGACAUUGCCAUUAAGCUAGGCACCGAUAAAGAAUACCUUCGUGCAAUCCGCGCAAAGGUUUGGGUGGCUCGAUGCGAGAGUCCUCUGUUCGACUGCAAACAAUAUGCACAAGGAUUGGAAACGCUGUUUUACAAAAUGUGGGAACGGUUCUCUCGUGGCGACCGGCCUGAUCACAUCUCGGCCAAGGAAACUUCCAAGUAAAAGCAAAACGGCAGGGCCCGUAUUGUGAAGAUACAAAAAAAAAACAACCAAAUCGUUUCCAGAAAGGGCAUGUAAACUUUCAGUAACUAUGCAUACUAUUUUGUUUAAAUGAAGUGGAUUUUUGAAUAGUAGACUUAGUCUAAGACGGAAAUUUUGAUUUUUAUCUGAACAUAGGCAAUUUUCAAAAUUGACAAAAAUGUAACCUUCUAACGUUUUAUUUAAUUUAUAAUUAUCUACACCCUUUUUAGCUGGUGAAAAUUUGUAUAAAGUAUAUUAGCAAUAGUACAGUCAAGCAAGAUUGAUUAUUACUACUAAAAGAGCUGGAGUUGAAUAAAAACAAAUUGUUUGAAAUAUAUUCUUUCAAUUGUAAAAUGCAAUAAAUUUCCACAUUCGUUUGAGUUUUUGAACGAAUUGAUUGAUAACAAACAUAAUGAGGCAUCCGAAAUGUUCAAUACUUGUAAUAAUUUCAAGGGUACGUCAAUAGGAACAAUCGAUAUUUUUAUAGAUAGCGUCAUUUCUUUUAUCUUAUUAUAUAGAGUUGAAUAAAUUAUGUAAUGACGUUCUAGUUAUAAAAGCUAUAUAAACCGCACAAAUGCUAUCUUUAUCAGCAAAGUUUGAUUGUCGGAAUUGAAGCCAAUACGAUGUAAAUCAUAAAACUUUAGGAUAUUUUCGAUUGCCAGCACGGAUAAGCAUAUGUGCUACCUUCAACUCCUGUUAUUAAACGAACAUGGGCGAUUAUGUACAUAGAAAACCUUUUUUUUUUUUGCUUAAAGGACUACUAUAGUGACAGCUAAACAAUAGCAGAAAGUUAUAGUUUCUGUAUAGGAAAUUAACAACUUUAUUGGUAAU